CGUUGCAUCAGUUAUCAAAACUCACUUGGUAAUCAAGUUACCUGUUAGCUCUAAGUGGUUGCAAAAUCAAUGUUUUAAACAUUUACAACUAGAUCAUAUAUUUUGAAACAGUUAAUUUAGGAUAAAUAUAUGUUUAUAUAUCUGAAGUACAUGCUGGAGAUCAGGAGUAUUUUAAAGAGUACGCAGACAGAAUCCAUCAUCGAUCCCACUGGACAGAAGCUGCACAAGCGUCAGGUUACUUGGGCUUCUGAACACCAGCGCCUCUAGUCAAGUCAGAAUCCUCGAGGAGUGACAGUAACGGAGUCUGUACUCUCAGUAACUUGCAUCCUGUUUCUAAUCGUACUGUUCCACUGGUUCACCAUGAUGGUUAUAAACUUUGUGAAUAAUCUUGUCUACUCCUACAUUUGCACGGGGGUAGUUCUUGUGGUUUACGGUAUCUACAGAUAUUUUACGGGCAAUAGGGACUACUGGCGUAAUCGAAAUGUGUCUUACAUCCAAAAUGAAUAUCUAACAGAAUAUUUUACUGGGAAACAAUCCGAAACAAUAUUACAAAUCUACCGAAAACUAGCCACGGAGAAAUACGGUGGGCUUUUCUUCUUCAAUAAACCAGUACUAAUCGUCCGUGACCCAGAACUGGUCGAUUCAAUAUUGGUAACAAACUUUUCGUAUUUCCAAAACAGAGAGUUACCAGAGAUCACACAUGAACCGUUAGCUGGGAAUCUGUUCAGCUUAAGAGGCAAGGAGUGGCGUGACCAAAGAUACAAACUGCUUACUACGUUUACACCUGACAAACUAGAGAGGAUGUACGGACAGAUCUCAAGCUGUGGGGACAACAUGAUGGAGAAGUUGGAAGACAUCCCUGUACAGAGUAAUGGAGGACAGUGGCAGUCAAUAAUGUUCGAUUACGUAUUAGACGUAAUUUCAAAUUGCGCAUUCGGAAUCCAGUUCCCCUCGUUCAGAUUAAACAUGUUUAAGGCGAUCGUUCAACACGUUUUUAGCACUUCACCUUUACAGAUUUUAAGAUUUGCGAUAAUUAUAUUUUUACCAAAACUAGCAUGGUUCGUUAAUCUUAGACUAUUUCCAAGCGAAAUCUGUGAUUAUUUCAUAAACCUGACAAAAGUUAACUUAAAGUUCCGAAGAGACAGUAAGAUCCGACGAGAUGACUAUUUCCAACAGUUAGUUGAUCUCUUAGAUAAAGAUGAGACUGUGGAGAUCAAAUGUACAAGCGGUACUGUCAGACGACACUACAGAUGAUGUCAUAGUCAACCAGAUGCAAUUUACAGAGGACACCACUACAAAGUUUACAGAAGACACAGUGUGCGCCAACAGCUUCAGUUUCUUGGCGAGUGCCAAGGCAGUGUCCAGCACAAUCAGCCACAUCCUGCUGGAGCUGUCCCGCCACCCAGAUAGCCAGGAAAGACUGCAUCAGGAGGUGAUCUCAGUUCUGGCCAAGCAUGGUAGUUGGUCGUACCAGGCCCUCCAGGAGAUGACUUACUUGGAUCAGGUCAUCCAGGAAGUGCAGCGGAUGUAUCCGUUGUUUCCGACAUUGAUGCGGGAGUGUACCAGGCCCUACAAGGUACCGGACUCUAACUUGACCAUUGAGAAAGGGGUCCUUGUCCUGAUACCAGUUGUGGCACUUCACCGUGACCCUAACUACUACCCCGACCCCGAUCUCUUCAUGCCAGAGAGGUUUGAGGGCAACAACUACAAACCAAGCUCUACCUACUUGCCUUUUGGAAACGGCCCAAGAAUAUGUAUUGGUAAAGGAAGUUGAAUAGUUACUAAGUUA